GGUCAAACUCCAACCGUUUUACCCGCCAUUUUGUCCUCCUCUCCACAGGAGGGGAGGGAGGCCCGCAGCGCGCGAACACCACCAAAUCCGAUCAUCUCUCACCUAGCUGCCAUCGAUCCGAAACACAGGGGGCGGGGAGAUCGAUCAGAGCUGAGACGGCAAACCCCGGCAUGGCUCCGCCUCCGCGGCUGCCGGCCGGCGCGGCCGCGCUGCUGCUGCUGCUCGCCGUGGCGUCCCGUGCGGCGGCGGACGGCAACGCCGUGGACGUCGGCGUGAACUGGGGCUCGCAGCUGUCGCACCCGCUGCUGCCCAAGUCGGUCGUGCAGAUGCUCAAGGAGAACGGCAUCCUGAAGGUGAAGCUGUUCGACGCCGACCCGUGGCCCGUCGGCGCGCUCGUCGACUCCGGCAUCGAGGUCAUGCUCGGCAUCCCCAACGACAUGCUGGAGACGAUGAACAGCUACGGGAACGCCCAGGAUUGGGUCAAGGAGAACGUCACCAGCUACGGCGACAAGCUCAAGAUCAAGUAUGUCGCCGUGGGGAACGAGCCGUUUCUCAAGGCGUACAACGGAUCGUUCAUGAAGACGACCUUCCCGGCGCUGAAGAACAUCCAGAAGGCGCUGAACGAGGCCGGCGUCGGCGACAAGGUGAAGGCGACCGUCCCGCUGAACGCCGACGUGUACGUCUCGCCGGACAACAAGCCGUCCUCCGGCGCGUUCCGGCCGGACAUCCAGGGCCUGAUGACGGACAUGGUGAAGUUCCUGCACGAGCACGGCUCGCCCUUCGUCGUCAACAUCUACCCCUUCCUCAGCCUGUACCAGAGCGACGACUUCCCGUUCGAGUUCGCCUUCGUCGACGGCGGCAAGACCAUCCAGGACAAGGGCGGCAUCAGCUACUCCAACGUGUUCGACGCCAACUACGACACGCUGGUCACCGCGCUGAAGAAGGCCGGCGUCCCAAGCCUAAAGGUCGUCGUCGGCGAGGUCGGCUGGCCGACCGACGGCGACAAGAACGCCAACCUCAAGCUCGCGCGGCGCUACUACGACGGCCUCCUGAAGAAGCUCUCCAAGAAGGAAGGCACGCCGCUCCGGCCUGGCAAGAUGGACGUCUACAUGUUCGGCCUCUUCGACGAGGACAUGAAGAGCAUUCUCCCGGGCAACUUCGAGCGCCAUUGGGGCAUCUUCACCUACGACGGCAAGCCCAAGUUCCCGAUGGACCUCUCCGGCCACGGCAACGACAAGCCGCUCGCCGGCGUGCCCGGCGUCGAGUACCUCCCGAAGCAGUGGUGCGUGUUCGACGACGGGGCCGAGGACAAGUCCAAGCUCCCCGGGAACAUCCAGUACGCGUGCGCCAGCGGCGACUGCACGGCGCUCGGCUACGGGUGCUCCUGCAACGGCCUCGACGAGAAGAGCAACAUCUCCUACGCCUUCAACAUGUACUUCCAGAUGCAGGACCAGGACGUGCGCGCCUGCGACUUCGACGGCCUCGCCAAGAUCACCACCAAGAACGCCUCCGCGCGCGGCUGCGCGUUCCCGAUCCAGAUCAUCAGCGCCGCCGCGCCGGCCGUCGCCGGCGUCGGCUUAUCCGCGGCGGCGUUGCUGGCAUUGUUGAUGGUGCUGGUGUGAGCAUACCGUGUGAGACGGGUGGGUGGGUGCGUGCGUGGCGUACAUGUAGUGAGAGUGGGUCUAUGCGUGAAUUGAAUUGUCCAUUUUUCGCAGCGUUCAAAUGUGUUGUGACAUUUGCAAAUUCUUCACGCCGGAUGCAUCCUUAAUUUUCUCUUGUAAAAUUACGUUGUCCGUGUAUAUAAUACCACCUCUGUUCUAAGAUA